UGUUGAUGUGGGUAAAAUGAGACAGGAGGGUAUGGAUUAGCUCUGCUACGAGUUCCUGUGAUCCCAAUAUCGUCACCCGUGUCAUCCUCCUGUUUGGGAGUUCUGCAAUUGUUCGACUCGCCACCAACUCAUCUCAAUCUGCUACAGCUGCCUCUGUUCCUUGCCGUGGAAGCAAUCUACUAGUCUUCUUCAAGACCGAGAAGACGUGUUGGGCUUUCUUUGCUUUGACGCUGCUUCCUCCGUAAUAUAUGUAUCUGAAGCUGAUGGUUCGAUUCAGAACACCGAUAGGGGAAGAGCAUGUGUUGCGAUGGUGAGUGCAGGCCUCUGGGGUGGCUGUUGGGCCUCCCCUUCGCCUUCCUCUCCCUCCUCGUCUCCGUCGUCGGCGUCGCCGUUUGGAUCGUCGGGUUGCUGCUGUCUUGCAUCUGCCCUUGCUGUCUGUGCGUGACGGUGCUGGUGGAGGUGGCCAUUGAGCUCGUCAAGGCCCCUCUCCAUGUCAUGGAGUGGUUCACCUCGCAGAUCCCCUGUUAGCGACAUCCUGCUUUCAUCUUUCUUUCUUUCUUUCCCCUGUUUUCCUGUUCUCGAGUUGCCAUUGGAAGAGUGUGGUGUGUGAAUGAGUGACGCUGCUGUAGAUUUCUUGCUAUUCAUCUCUCUUCUCUCGUUUAGCUUGUAAUAAAUCUGUGACACAAACAAAAGCUUCCCUCA